GCGGAGUGAGAGUUUCCGGGCGAGCUGGUCGCCAUUUUGCGCGCAGGACUGAGAGGCUCCAGGGAUAAACACAGUAAGACAAAAUGUGGGACCAGGGUGGGCAGCCCUGGCCGCAGUGGCCCCUGAGCCAGCAGCAGUGGAUGCAGUCAUUUCAGCAUCAGCAAGAUCCAGGUCAGGUGGACUGGGCAGCUCUAGCUCAAGCAUGGAUCGCUCAGAAGGAGUCGAGCGGUGGGGCAGUAGAUCAGCAGCCUAAUGGACAGGACAUCCCUGGCCUGGACGCUCACAAUAACCACACAACCUUCCAAACUCCAGACUCCAACUUUGGGAGAAUGUGGCAGCCAGACUGGGCGAUGCAUGGGCAGCCGCCUCCUCCUCCUGCAGAUCAGGCUUGGAUUACACCUGGGCCGGGACCUAUGGAUGUUGUGAACCCGUCUGAGGACAGUAACAGCCAGGACAGUGUAGAGUUCACUGCGGAUCCGCACCACGGAGUCUUCCCUCAGAACAGCCACGGUUUCGGGAGCCAGUCGGAACAUUACCCUAUGGCUCCAAUUGGAGUCAACCAGUUCGAUUAUCAGCAUGGAGCAGCAACAGCAGGAGCUUAUGGCCCACCUAGUGCUGGGUUCCACCCUCCUUACUGGUCUGAUGGUCCCCAAAACAGACGAGACAGACUCCCAGGGUUCAGGCCAGACCGGCCACGGUCACCCAACCAAUUAGGAAUCAAACCAGACACACCAACUCUUGAUGCAGUUAAACGGAGAACUUUGCCUGCAUGGAUUCGCGAGGGCCUUGAGAAGAUGGACAGAGAGAAGCAAAAGAAGCUGGAGAAGGAGAGACUGGAGAAGGAGCGCGCUGAAAUGGCGAACGAGGACAAGGACAAUGAUAUGGUAGAGGAAGAGGGAGAGGGCCCUCGGGUGCCACGCAAGAGCAAAUUUGACAGUGAUGAUGAGGAUGAUGAUGGUGAAGAAGGUGAGGCUGCAGAGGAGAGUGUGACGGGAAGACGACCAGACAGUAGUAGCAGAAACUCAUCUCCUGCACGUGAGGAGCAGAGCGAACCAGAGAUGACUGAAGAGGAGAGAGAGUUUCAGCUGAUGCUCCUGACCAAAACACUUCUGACUGAAGUCCUUCUCGAGGUGACGAAUGAAGAAAUCCUGCAGGUGGCCAAAGAAACCCACCGCAAAGCCACCAAAGCUCCUGCAAAACAGCUGGCACAGUCCAGUGCACUGGCUUCUCUGACCGGCCUCGGAGGUCUGGGUGCAUAUGGUUCGGACAGUGAGGACGAGCGCAGCGUGAGGGGCUCGGAGUCGUCCGACACCGACGAGGAGGAGCUUCGCCACCGCAUCCGCCAAAAACAAGAUGCCUUCCGCCGAAAAGAGCGUGAGCUACAGCAGCAGGAGAGACAGGCCCUGGAAGCACAUGUUAUCACAGAAGCUUCGAGUGGAGGGAGCAGGGAGAGAGAGACUUAUGAAGACGAUCAGUCAGAACCCAAACACAAACAGGAAGUGAGAGAUAGAGAGGUGGAGCCAGUGGCAGAGCGCCGCAGGUCGCGUAGUGAGGUGGAGGUCAGCGAGGUUAAGAGGUCAGGGUCAGGAAAGGAGCGCACGGGCCGCGGCGUGGAAAGCACUAAUGGCUCUCCGAACGAACGCCACAGCCGCUCGUCACGCUCCAGCUCCACUUCCUCCUCCAGCCAGUCCUCUUCCUCUUCCUCUUCUUCAUCAUCACGCUCCUCCUCACGCUCCUCUUCCUCUCCGCGGAGAAAGAGGAGGCGCAGUCAAUCCACCUCCUGCAGUAACCGCAGGCACAGCCAAUCAGAACGUGGGAACCGGGAGAGGAGGCGGAGUAGCAGAGACAGAAGCUCUGCCCACCACAGGAAGCGCAGCCAUAGUAGAAGCCGCAGCCACUCUCGCCCGCGGCGGUCCAGCAGGGGCCGCAAGAGCAGGUCCAGGGAAAAGGCCAAAGCGGCAAGCCGCAGCUCCAGCAGAGACAGGCGACGCAGACGCAGCCGUAGCCGAAGCCGCAGCCGCCGGAGGCAGAGAACGACCAGCAGGGAGAGGGAGAGGAGGAAAGAAAGGAGCCAGAGUCGAGAGAAGGAGAACAAGAAGAAAAAAGAGAAGGAGAUAGACAAGAGGAAAGAAAAGCAAAGGGGAAGAGAGAGAGAGAAGGAGAAAGAGCGAGAAAGAGAAGGCAGCUCGGUGAGGGAGGAAGAGGGCAGGUCUAGGAAAAGACGCGAGAAUGAACGUAUAGACUCACACAGUGAGAAAUAUUCACGGCAGGACAGCAACAGCAGGUCUAGUAAGAAAUCUUUGGCCAAAAGUAGCCGGAAACGCUCGGACUCCGACUCCAGCAGGUCCCCGUCCCCUGAGCUUAGCAAGGGAAAGAAGUCUAAAAAAACUAAACGUAGUCGAUCAAGGUCAACGGAAAAAUCUCACAAGUCUGGUAAGAAGGCAAGCCGCAAACACAAGUCUAAGUCGCGAUCAAGGUCAAACUCUCCCAGCCGCCGUAGGCGCUGAGGGGCGCUGGUCCUGACUCGUGCACUUAUUUUAAAAUUCCAUGAGUUUAACGGGCUUGUCUCAUUGUGGAGGCAACGUUGUAGGUGAACUCUCCACUCGCCCCCACCCACCCCCAACCAAACCCUGCCCCCCACCCUCUUCCCAAACCCACACAGUUGUAAAUAUGUGAUAUUUUUUAAGUGAUGUCUGCAAUACAGGACGUUUUGAAUUCUAGUUUUUUUGCCUUGUAUUAUGCAAGACUCAGCAUUAGGUAGUCACUAGGAUCUUGAAGCUGUUUAACAUUUUAAAACCCUCUGCAAGAAGUAAAGAAUUCACAUUUAAUGUAAAUUGUCCAAUAAAACAAGAAUGAUUCUUUGUCUGCA